CUUUAAGUGGAGUCUCACAAACAAGUAACAAAACUUUAACAGAGAAUGCACUCUGCUCUUUUUGGUUCAAUUCUCAUCGCUCCCGAACCUCAAACUUGUUCGGCGAAAGCUGCCGGUACUUCUCAAACUGCUCUUCAUUCCUCUCAAGCAAGCUGUAGAUCAUUCCUCUACAAAAAUAAGGCCGGAAGUCUUUGGGAUCCUCCUUGACCAACUCAUUGUAGCUACGCAACGCAUCCUCCACAUUCUUCUGCAGGAACUGUAUCUGCCCCAUUAUCAGCUUCACAUCCCUGGCCUCCUCCUCCGCCACCUGAUCACGGCGUGGCCCUCGCCGGAGCGGUCCAUCAGCAGAGCAUUCUCGAACAACAGUGGAUUCGACUCGAGAAUUUCCUCAAACCCCUGGCGUGCUCGCCGCUCUCGAGCUUCUGCUGCAGAAGCGACUUGAGGGCGUCGGAGUUGGAGCCGUGGAAAUCGGACAACGGAGAGGACGCCAACUCCGACCUGGGCGAGGGAACCACGUGUUUUUUCUUCUUUAUUCCAAGGAAGAAGACCUUUUGAAGUCAAAUGCGUAAGUGGAGAGAGCUGAGAGUACGGACCAGCCAAUUGAUGAGAAAAACUUCGCCUCUAAGUAGAAAGUACAGGCCUUUAAUGUCACUGUCUUCUUUCUUUUAAAACGUUUUGGAAUCACUUGUGCUUUGAUCAAAGCUCUAAUAUUCCAAGAACGUUUUGGUUUUGGAAUCACUUGUACUAUGGCAUUGCAGGCAAUGAUCAUCCUAUUAUAGAUUCCUAGACAUCUCUCUCUUCUCUGUGCAAAGCUCUCAUCUUUUGCAAAAUCUGAGAAGUGGGUUUUCUGUGAAACGGUUCGUAAUCAUAGGCGGCUCUGUGUUGAAGAAGGCAGAGAAGAAAAGCAAGAGUCUUUGGUGGAGAUGAUGGAGGUUUCAGUUUCAGGCAAGAAAAAGAUCAAGCCUGACCCUUUCACUGAUAUUGUGUUUUCUUGGUCCCUGGAGGACAUUUUCAAUGAGGAUCUUUACAAAGACAAGGUGAAAAAGAUUCCUGAAUCAUUUCAAUCGGCUCAGCAUUACUUUCGGUCUUAUGUAUAUCCUUUACUGGAAGAAACCCGAGCAGAAUUGCAUUCAAAUAUGAAAACUCUUAAUAGAGCACCGUUUGCUCAAGUAGUGGGUUUUGAAGAAGCCAAGCCAUAUGGAACCUAUGAUGUCAAGGUUGAUUACUGGCAUAACAGGUUCAUUGAUAGUGGCAAGGAGCCAUAUAAAACUUUGCCCGGUGAUCUUUUUGUUUUAGCUGAUGCUAAACCUGAAACUGUUUCCGAUUUACAAAGAGUAGGGAGGUCAUGGGCUUUUGCAUCGGCCACUAAUUAUGUCCCAGAAAGUGAGAAUGAAGAUGACAGUACCUCUCUUUAUUUCAAAGUCAAGGCAUCAAAAGAGUUUGAAGUCGAAAAUAGCAGGACAUCACUUUUUAUAGUUUUCUUGGGGAGUUUAAUCCGUGAUGGAAGAAUUUGGAAAGCGUUGCACAUGUCCAGAAAUCUGAAGAUUAUCAACGAAGUUCUAUGCACUGAUUCUAUGGUUCAGAAAGGUUUCUGCUCUGAAAAGAAUAAUGACAUCUGGAAUCAGAGUAUAGUUGAGAGUUUAUCAUCUGGAUUGAAUGAAUCCCAAACUGGGGCAGUGUUGGCCUGCCUUGAAAUGCUGCAUUCUGGUGAAAAGUCUGCCGUGCAACUUAUCUGGGGUCCUCCUGGUACUGGAAAAACAAAAACCACAGUUACUCUGCUUUCAACCCUGCUACAGAUGAAUUGUAGGACUCUUAUUUGUGCUCCAACAAAUGUUGCAAUAACUGGAGUUGCUUCUCGUCUUGUGAAGAUGGUGAGUAAAGCAGAGCCAAAUGAUUUGUUUUGUUCUUUAGGAGAAAUUCUUCUGUUUGGGAAUAAGGAGCGACUCAAAAUUGGUGCAGACAUUGAAGAAAUUUAUAUGGAUUGCCGUGUCAAAAGGCUUGUAGAUUGUUUGAGGCCAACGACUGGUUGGAGGCAUUGCUUUGCUUCCAUGAUAGGUUUACUUGAGGAUUGUGUUUCUGAUUACCAUAUUGAAAAUGAGUUCACAAAAGAGGCAGAACUAAAGAAUGUCAGUGAAACAAAAGAUAAAGAAUGCAGAACAGGUGGUCAAGUUAAAAAGGAGAAAUGCAAAACAUUUGUUCAAUUUUUGAGAGAUAGAUUUGGGUCUACUGCACCGCCGUUAAGAUAUUGCAUUUCUGUGUUCUGUACUCAUAUAGGGAAAAAUUAUAUUUCGGUAGACAAUUUCCAAGCCUUGAUUUCGCUUAGCCGGUUAGUUGAUUCCUUUGAGUUACUGUUGUCUCAAGAUAAUGUUGAUUCUGAAGCUUUGGAAGAACUCUUUUCUCAUUCGGAUGUUGAAGAUGUGUUCGAGUCAUUUGUAGGUAACUCCUUUGAUCUUUGUAUGAUGAGAAGGGAUUGCCUUUCAGCUUUACACACUCUACGGGAUUCUCUUAGUCAACUUAAACUUCCAAAUAUUAGGAAUGAGGAAUCUAUACAGAAGUUCUGUUUUCAAAGAGCAUCUCUAAUAUUUUGCACUGCAUCUAGUUCGUAUAAGCUGCAUAGAGUGGCAAUGGAACCACUAAGCAUUGUUGUUAUUGACGAGGCUGCACAGCUAAAAGAGUGUGAGUCCACAAUACCUCUGCAACUUCCAGGUGUGAAGCAUGCUGUUCUUGUUGGUGAUGAAUGUCAGUUACCAGCUACGGUAAUAAGCAAGGUUUCUGAUGAAGCUGGUUUUGCAAGAAGCUUGUUUGAGAGGUUGAGCUUAAUGGGUCAUUCAAAACAUAUUUUAAAUAUGCAAUACAGAAUGCAUCCAUCAAUAAGUUUAUUCCCAAAUUCAAAUUUCUAUAAAGACUUGAUCCAGGAUGCUCCAAAUGUAAAACGAAGAAGCUAUGAGAAGCACUAUCUUCCAGGAGCAAUGUUUGGUCCUUAUUCUUUUAUAAAUGUGAUUGAUGGAAGAGAGGAAAAAGAAGAGGACGGACCCAGUCGGAAAAAUAUAGUGGAGGUUGCUAUUGUUUCAAAAAUACUGCGGAAUCUGUAUAAAGGCAUGUCUAGCAGGAGAUUCUUCUUCAUAUUCUCAUCUCAGUAUUUUAAUCAUUGGGAUUUCCAAAUUGAUGCUUUUGGUUUAAAAUUUACAUUACCUUAUUCACUAAAGAAUACUGACUUGAACUGCAACAAAUGUAUUGUUUCUUCUUCCUGCACGAGUGGUACCACUUAACUGGCAUCGUAUGGCUGAUUCAUUUUUGUUUAAAUCUGUUUGCAAUUUGAUUCAGCACUUCUCAUGUAAGUCUCCAUUGGUUUAAUUUUGACCCAAGAAGUAUGUUUUUAGGGUU